CUGAUUUUUGUUUCUCCAGCCUGUUGACGAGCCACCUUCAGCAUAGCAGCCUCGCCCCCAAUUCCAACCAACAGUCGCCCUAAUACCCAGAUUUAAAUCUCUUCCCAAACUUAGUUUCACUUUCUGAUAGCAACAUGUCGAGGCGAACACUUCCAAUUUUCAAAAAGCUCCUCUCCGGCGGCGGAUCCACCACCCGAUCCGUCACGUACAUGCCCCGACCCGGCGAUGGAACCCCGCGCCCCGUCACACUGAUACCCGGGGACGGCGUGGGCCCGCUUGUAACUGGCGCCGUCGAGCAGGUCAUGGAGGCUAUGCACGCGCCGGUCUACUUCGAGAAAUACGAUGUCCAUGGCGAUAUGAAGACCGUGCCGCCGGAACUGAUUGACUCGAUUAAGAAGAAUAAAGUCUGCCUCAAGGGCGGACUUAAGACGCCGGUGGGUGGAGGCGUCAGCUCGCUCAACGUGUUGCUCAGGAAGGAGCUCGAUCUCUAUGCUUCGCUGGUGCACUGCUUUAACCUUCAGGGGCUUCCCACUCGCCACCAGAACGUUGAUAUCGUCGUCAUUCGGGAGAAUACGGAGGGCGAGUACGCCGGCCUCGAGCACGAGGUUGUUCCUGGAGUCGUUGAAAGCUUGAAGGUGAUAACAAAGUUCUGCUCUGAACGAAUUGCAAAAUAUGCUUUCGAGUAUGCCUAUCUCAACAACCGCAAGAAGGUGACUGCUGUGCAUAAAGCAAAUAUUAUGAAACUGGCAGAUGGUUUAUUUUUGGAAUCCUGUCGAGAAAUAGCUAGCAAGUACCCUAGUAUCCAGUACAAUGAGAUGAUUGUUGAUAACUGCUCCAUGCAACUCGUUUCCAAGCCAGAGCAGUUUGAUGUUAUGGUGACUCCAAAUCUCUAUGGGAAUCUAGUCUCCAAUAUAGCUGCUGGUAUUGCUGGUGGAACUGGUGUCAUGCCUGGAGGGAAUGUUGGGGCUGAUCAUGCCAUUUUUGAGCAAGGUGCUUCUGCGGGUAAUGUAGGAAAUGAGAAAUUAGUAGAGCAAAAGAAGGCAAAUCCAGUAGCAUUGCUUCUUUCUUCAGCCAUGAUGCUAAGGCACUUGCAAUUUCCUUCAUUUGCUGAUCGACUAGAAAUUGCAGUGAAGCGUGUCAUAUUAGAAGGUAGAUACAGGACGAAGGAUCUUGGUGGCACCAGCACCACCCAAGAAGUUGUGGAUGCUGUCAUUGCUAAUCUCGAAUGAGUAUCUCUUGGGAUUGGUGGACUGUUUAGAGCUUGGCAGGAAGCCUUAAAGCCACUCUUCUUGUAAUGAUAAUUUACAUUUCAUAUGAUUGAUUUUUGUGCCCCCAGUGAACAAAAUAAUAAUGAUUGCUGAGUCUUCUUGUGAAGGAUGCCAAUUUAGGCAUAAAAGAAGCAAAUACAUAUAUUGGAGUUUUGUUCCUUCC